GGCCCCAAAGUGAGCGUGGACACGCCCGAUGUCGACGUCAAAGGCCCCAAAGCUGCGAUGCCAGAGGUACACGUGCAGAGCCCCAAAAUCUCCGUGCCUGACAUGGACUUGAGCCUGAAAGGUCCCAAAGUGAAAGCAGACCUGGACGUUUCGGCCCCAAAACUGGAAGGGGAGCUGAAAGCACCCGGGCUCGACGUCAAAGGCCCCAAAGUCGACGUCGCGGCUCCAGACGUGGACAUCCACGGUCCCGAGGGCAAACUGAAGAUGCCAAAGCUGAAAAUGCCCAAAUUCGGCGUUCCCGGCCUGAAGGGCGAAGGCCCCGACGUGGAGGUGACGCUACCAGCGGGUGAGGUGGACAUCGCUGGUCCCAAGGUUGAAGUUGCUGUGCCAGGCGCGGCCAUCGAAGGGCCCGAAGGGAAAGGAAAAGGCCUCAAGUUCAAAAUGCCGGAACUAAACGUCCAGACGCCGAAGCUGUCCAUGCCAGACGUCGAUCUCAGUUUGAAGGCCCCCAAACUGAAAGGAGAUGCAGAUAUUUCUGGUCCGAAAGUGUCCGGAGAUCUGAAGGGUCCCAAAAUAGAGGUGGAAGGUCCCCAAGUGGAUGUUGACAUGCCGGAGGUAGACUUGGAAUGUCCCGAAGGGAAAAUAAAAGGCCCCAAAUUUAAGAUGCCGAAGCUCAACAUCAAGGCACCCAAAAUCUCCAUGCCGGACGUAGAUUUGAACUUAAAGGGACAUAAAAUGAAAGGAGAGAUGGAUGUUUCCCUCCCAAAACCAGAAGGUGACUUGAAAGGACCUGGUCUUAACAUCAAGGGACCAAAAAUCGACGUCGAGGUCCCAGACGUCAACCUGGAGGGUCCGGAAGCCGACCUGAAAAUGCCAAAAAUGAAACUGCCCCAUUUUAACGUGUCUGGCCCCAAGUUUGAAGGAGCCGAUCUAGACGUCCACCUGCCGAAAGGAUCGAUCGAGGUUUCCGGGCCAGAGGCAGAUAUCGAAGGGCCAGAGCUGGAGGUUGGAGGAGCAGAAGGAAAAUGGAAAGGCCCCAAGUUCCGGAUGCCAAAGCUGAAUAUCAAAACACCCAAAAUAUCCAUGCCAGACGUAGACUUGAACCUAAAGGGACCUAAAGUGAAAGGAGAAGUGGACAUUGCGGCUCCGAAGGUAGAAGGUGACUUGAAAGGGCCAGAAAUAGACCUGAAGGGGCCAAAACUAGAUGUUGGGGCACCCAGCGUUGACUUGGAGGGCCCUGAGGGGAAACUGAAAGGCCCCAAGUUCAAGAUGCCCGAGAUGCACAUCAAGGCCCCCAAGAUCUCCAUGCCCGACGUUGACUUCAACCUCAAGGGCCCCAAGCUGAAGGGUGAUGCGGAGGUGUCUGUUCCCAAGCUGGAAGGGGACCUGAAGGGUCCAGAAAUUGAUAUCAAGGGCCCCAAAGUCGAC